AUGGGCGGCAAGGUCGAUGUUUACAUAGAUAUCGUUCUACUCGGUGCUAUCAACGCCGCUUCCGGAAACAAACCUCCAUGGACUCUCCCGGCCAAGGCAAAGUACGGCAACUAUGACGGCCGCCGAGCCUCCGUCAGGGCAGGCAAACCUGGCAUUACCACGCCCGACAACUUCAUGGAGCGCAGUAUGACUGUCCUCCCCCUCCGCGUCCUACACUUCGUCAAAGCCAACUACCCGGACGCCGUGUACCAGACGACUUGGCACUGGCUUCUCCACUGCUUCUGGGAGCCGCCGAAUGACAACCUCACCAAGCCCGAUGUCCUGGCGAAGGCGUUGACUGAAGCGCCCAGGCAGUACCCAGGAGACACCAAAGACAGGCUGUUCAGCGAGGCGGACGUCAGGAGGAUCUUGGAGGGAGCCGCGACGCAGGAAAUCAAGGACUCGGUCAAGACAAAGACGCAGGAGGCGAUUGAAAGAGGCGCGUUCGGCGCGCCGUGGUUCUGGGUCGUGAAUGAAGAGGGAAAGGGGGUGCCAAUCUUUGGGAGCGAUAGAUUUCACGACAUGUACGAGCAUCUGGGCGUCCCGUACCAGGAUAUCGCUAUUCUCCCACCAAGGAAAGACGCGAAGCUAUAG